AUGGCUUCGAACGCAGCAUUUGGUAGGGUAACCACCGGCACUGAAGCUGCCGAGGCUCUCAAAGAUACGAUCAAGGGCAGAGUUGUGAUCAUCACUGGUAUCAGUCCGAAUUCUCUAGGUGAAUCGAUGGCACUGGCUGUAGCAUCCCAGCAGCCCAGCGCUCUCAUUCUGGCAUCUCGCACGGCUUCCAAGGUCGACGCCGUGGCAGCGGAUAUCGAGCAGAAACAUCCAUCCGUGACAGUCCACAAGGUUCCUCUCGACCUGACCUCACUGGACUCAAUCCGAGCGGCGGCCGCGACGAUAGAUUAUCUGGUAGAUCGCGUCGACGUCCUGAUCAACAAUGCCGGUCUCUGCACAUUCAGCCGAGACGCCAUCCAGACUCCUGGAGACACAUUCGUCGACAUGCAGUUCUUUGUCAACCAUCUGGGCCCCUUCCUCCUCACGUCCCUCCUCCUCCCCAAGCUUCGUGCGGCGGCGAGGUCGCGUGGUGCCGGCCAAGGCUCAUCACGGAUCGUGAACGUGACCAGCCACGGUCACCGGCUCUCGCCGGUUCGUUUCCAUGACUACCAGAUCUAUCAUUACGUUUACGACGGCGUGCCAGAGAGCCAGAAGCCCCCCAGAGAUCUUCCGGAGCGCUGGCUGAAGCUUGGCAAGGACUCGUACCCGGGCUUCAUCGGCUACGGUCAGAGCAAGACUGCGAACGUCCUGUAUGCUACGGAGCUCUCGCGCCGGCUCAAGAAGAAUGGAGACAACAUCCUGGCCCUGUCCGUCCACCCGGGCUCCGUAGACACAGGGCUAUCCCGAGACAUGGACGCAGAGGCCUUUGGCGUGAUUCAGAGCACUCUUCCGGAGAAAGAGUGGCAGACCCUGGACCAAGGAGCUGCGACGACAAUCGUGGCUGCAUUUGAUCCUAAGCUGGACGAGCUCGAUGUCGGCGGCGAGGUGUUUGGCUAUAUGGCUGACUGUCAGCUUGCUGACCACUUCAUUGCCGACCACGCGAAGGAUGCCGAGAACGCUCAGAUGCUGUAUCAUGAGAGUGAGCGCAUGCUUGGCAUGAGAACCGGCCUGUGA